GUGAUUUUCAUACUUCAUAUAUUUCUAAAUAUUUCAAUUCAUUCUAGUGAUAGUGGUUUGAUACUGUCUUACGACGCUGGUUGGCAAAAGAGAGGAAGUGGAAGAAAUUAUAAUAGUUUAUCAGGUCAUGGAUCAAUGAUUGGAUGUAAAACUGGAAAGGUGGUAGGCUAUGAUGUGAUGGCAAAGAGUUGCAGAGUAUGUAAAAGUGCUGAGCUCCGAGGACGGGAGAAGAAAGAACAUGAUUGUAGAAAGAAUUGGGAGGGAAGCUCAAAAUCAAUGGAACCAUCCAUGGCUGUAAAGAUCCUAAAAAGUAUUGAAAACAAGGGGCACAAAGUGAAAACUUUAGUUAUGGAUGACGACACUAGUACCAUUCAUAAAGUAAGAUUGGAGGUAAAUGCUGACAUGCAGAAAUGUAGUGAUAAGAACCAUACGUUCAAAAACUUUGCAAAUAAUCUGUAUGCCUUGCAGAAAGAAAAAUAUAAGAGGAUACUGAGUGUCAAAACUAUAAGUCACAUAAAAAAGUGCUUUGCGUAUGCUGUGUCCUCUAACAGAGAAGAACCCAUAUCAUUGAAAGAAAACCUACUAGCCAUUCCAAACCACCUAUAUGGUAAACAUUCAUCAUGCCAAGUGAAAUGGUGCAGAUAUCUACAAAAUAAGGAAACGUACACACCGAAGCAUCUUCCCUAUGGAAAAUAUCUCACCGACACGAAUCUGUUUGAAGACCUUCAGCAACUUUUUACAUCAUAUGCUAAUCAGUCAGAGAGACUUUCUUUACUUGAAAGCACGCAACAUAAUGAAAAUUUCAACCACGUUGUAUCCAGGAAAAACCCCAAGAAUAAUUUUUAUUCAGGAUCGGAAAGUACAAGUGUGAGAGUUGCAGCAGCAGUCUGUGAGAAAAAUAUUGGAGCUCCAUAUGUACUUCAGUUCAAAAAAAGAAGAGUUGAACUGAAGAAGAAGUCGGCAUCUGCAAUAUCAUCAUCUGAAACAAGGGAGGGUAUAACUUAUGAGAGUGGUGUACUUUCUCAAAGCAGUAGUAUUCCUGAUGAAAGAAUGGAGACUAUUCCAUCCCCUCCAGAACAGCUCCACCAAGUUCCACUGCCUCCGGGUGAAUACAGUAGAGUCUACUUUGAUCUAGAGACAACUGGUUUAGUAUGUGCUACCAUCAGUUGCCAUACAGGAGACAGCCUCAAGGAUAACAGGACUUACCUGUGA